ACUUCCGAAAGAAAACCAAGAUGUCUGCCCGCAUAAAAAAUAGAAAGUUAUUGUAUUUGGUUAAACGCCUUUAUAAUAAUCCAGCAGUUCUAGAUACACCUGUUAAAUUGAAGCCAAGAGUCUUAUCUGGAAUUCAACCAACAGGGAUACCUCAUAUUGGGAACUAUCUUGGUGCCAUUAAAAAUUGGGUCCAAUUACAGGAUCAAUUUGAUGAUGUUUUAUAUACUAUUGUAGACCUUCAUGCACUCACAGUUCCUAAUGAUCCAAAGACAUUAAGAGAAAACAUCUACAAGAUGGCAGCUUCUUUACUGGCUUGUGGUAUUGAUACCAACAAAAGUAUAUUAUUUCAACAAUCACAGGUACCUCAUCACACAGAUUUAGCAUGGUUGCUAGGGUGUCUAUGUACAUUACCAAGGCUACAACAUCUACCACAAUGGAAGGAGAAGUCUAAAAUAUCAGAAAAUCCUGGUAUUGGUUUGUUUACAUAUCCCAUUCUACAAGCAGCUGAUAUACUUAUAUACAGGGCAACACAUGUUCCAGUAGGAGAAGAUCAGAUUCAUCAUCUAGAGUUAACACGUGACCUAGCAAAGAUAUUCAACAAUAAAUUCAAUUUUAACUUUCCUCGUCCAAAGGAUAUAAUGGGAGAAGGCCCAAGAAUAAAAAGUCUUCGAAAUCCAUCAGCAAAAAUGAGCAAAUCAGAUGUUAAUUCAAAAAGCAGAAUCGAAAUUACUGACACACCAGAUCAAAUAGUGGAUAAAAUUGGAAAAUCUCAUUCAGACUCAAUACCAGGAAUAUCCUAUGAUCCAGAGAGUAGACCAGGAAUUUCAAACUUAUUACAAAUACAUGCUGCUUUUACUAAUGAAACAGUUGAAAAUGUUUGUGAACAAUGCAUAUCAUUAAAUAAAGUACAGUAUAAAACAAAGUUAUCUGACAUUAUAGUGGAAUGUUUAGGACCAAUAAGACAAGAAACUGAAAGAAUACUAAGUGACAGACAUUACUUAGAUACAGUUUUAGGAAAAGGGAAAGAAAAAGCUGCUGUUAUAACAGAAAACACUUGGAAGGAAGUACAAAACAGUGUAGGAUUGUUAUAGACUUAAAUAUUAGAGAAUAUAUAUAUACUUAGGUUUUGAUAUCUACCAUUGUCUACAUCACAAUUUUAUUUGCAUUUCUGAAAUUCACAGAAACAUGUCUUUUAAAUGACAAAAAUUUUCCAGUUCGUGAUUUGUUAUUGAAUCAUGUUUACAAAUUAUUAUGCCAUGUGCGUGUUGUGGUUUGGUUUUUGCAUAAAAAUAAUAAAUGUCAUAAACUGUCAUAUAUAAGGAGGUUUGGUUCAUUGUUAAUUGAUUGUGACAAAUCAGGGAUGCAAGGGUUACUUUACCAUUAAUCUGCCUUCAGCAUGUUCAGUAAAUAUGUUAUGUAUGCUAUUCUGUAUUUCCUCCUUUCGAAGUGAAUUCUGGUAGUUAAGUUACUUUCUCUUUGUUCUCAGACUAAACAUUUAGUGCAAUAAAUGGACCAAAGAUUCAAAUGGUUGCACAGAAGGUGUUCUUUUAUAAUGUUGAAUGUUCUAUAAUAAGCAUUCAUAUGCCAUGUAUAUAAAUUUUUUAAAUAUCUUUGAACAACCCAAGAGAGAUGCACAACUUCAAUAAGUGUACAAUCUAUCUGUGAAAUUUCAAUAAUCUGAUUUAAGGUAGAUGGGGGUCUAAAUUAAAAUCAAUAGAAUUUUUUAGUAAUUGUCAAAAUGUAGUUUAUAUCAUGCUAUUUUCAAAAAUAUAAUAAAAUGUAUGGGUCACCAGGC